AUACUCCGUUUAUGGAGAGCCUACGUUUUGUUUAUCCAUUCAUCAGUUGGUGGACAUUCAGGUUGUUUCUACAUUUCUACACACAUAUAAACAUAUAUGUACUCAUACACAUAUAUACAGACCUAUGUAAGCCUACCUUUUUCUUUCUUUUUGGUUGUUGUUGGUGUUGUUGCAAAAUUAUAGAUGUCUUAUCCUUUACAAAGAGUGUUCUUUUCUUCUGUGUAUUUUUGAUGGCAUCAUUCACCCUGGUCAAGCUGUGUGCACUUCACCCACAUUCAGUGUUACCUUUCCCAUGAACAAGUGUCUACUAGCUAGAGAACGAUUCCCGCUCCCCUGUUCCCCUGUAACCCCCAGUGAUCACUGACCUCUGUGUAUACAGCUGUUCUUGUCUCCUCCCCUUUACUUCUAAUCUCACUGAAAGAGCUGUUUUGCUUCAUCUAAAAUAUUACAGUAACCCUCUCAGUGGUCUCCAAGUCCACGGUCUCCUACUUUGACUCAUUGCACACACUUUAUUUUACAUCAGUUAAACCUUCCCAAAGUCCUGCCCAAACCUUUUGACAACGCCUCAUUUAAUUCCAAGUUAUCUAUAGAAUUCUCCACCCUAGUGUUCAAAGCUCUUCUCUCAGUUCUGGCAGAUCUGGACAUUUCACUCUUCCCUGAGCAUGCCCCCUAGCUUCUUGCAUAAUACUUGUUCUUCAGAAAGCCUGUCUUGAUCUCUACGUGAAAAUUCUGUCUAAAACUCAACUGCCUCAAGUCCAUUUUGACCAUCUCCUCCCCCUUCCACCAGAGGGCGAUCUCAACCUUCAAUCCCAUCACAGUGCGGGCUUCUAUGUGGCCCUCCUCACUCUGCCUUGUGUUAAUUGCUCUUUAAAAUAGAUCGCAAGCUCCCUGAAGACAGAGACUAUGACUUACCCAUCUCUGGACCCUCUCCAGCACCUAGCCCGGGGCUUUAGGUCUAAUUGGUACCGAGCAAGUGUUUCUUGGAUUGAUUUUAUUUCAGUUGAAAACAAGAAUGUGGGCAUCUACCUCCUUGGAGAAAAUCUGGAAAAGAGAGAUGCCAAAGGCCAGUACCUGUUUGACCUUCUUUGCCACCACCUGAACCUACUUGAGAAAGACUAUUUUGGGAUCCGCUUUGUGGACCCGGAUAAGCAGCGGCAUUGGUUGGAGUUUACAAAGUCUGUUGUGAAGCAGUUGAGGUCCCAGCCUCCGUUCACCAUGUGUUUCCGUGUGAAGUUUUACCCUGCAGACCCUGCAGCCCUGAAAGAAGAAAUAACCAGGUAUUUGGUCUUCCUACAGAUCAAAAGGGAUCUCUACCAUGGCCGUCUCCUCUGUAAAACUUCAGAUGCUGCCUUGUUAGCGGCCUAUAUCCUUCAAGCGGAGAUUGGGGAUUAUGAUCCAGGGAAACACCCUGAAGGCUACAGCUCCAAGUUCCAGUUUUUCCCUAAACAUUCAGAGAAGCUGGAAAGGAAAAUCGCUGAGAUUCACAAGACAGAGCUCAGUGGUCAAACACCAGCGACAUCAGAGCUGAACUUCUUAAGGAAAGCACAGACAUUGGAGACAUAUGGGGUGGAUCCCCACCCAUGUAAGGAUGUGUCAGGAAAUGCUGCCUUUCUGGCCUUCACUCCCUUUGGGUUUGUUGUUCUGCAAGGAAACAAGAGGGUCCACUUCAUUAAAUGGAAUGAGGUGACCAAGCUGAAAUUUGAAGGGAAGACUUUCUAUUUAUAUGUUAGUCAGAAAGAGGAAAAGAAAAUUAUUCUCACAUAUUUUGCUCCAACUCCAGAAGCCUGCAAACACCUCUGGAAAUGUGGAAUUGAGAACCAAGCCUUCUACAAGCUGGAGAAGUCAAGCCAGGUCCGCACAGUGUCCAGCAGCAACUUGUUCUUCAAAGGCAGCCGGUUCCGAUACAGUGGCCGAGUUGCAAAGGAAGUAAUGGAGUCUAGUGCCAAGAUCAAACGGGAGCCACCGGAAAUACACAGAGCAGGGAUGGUUCCGAGUCAGAGCUGCCCCUCCAUAACCCAUGGCCCAAGGCUGAGCAGUGUCCCCAGGACCCGCAGAAGAGCUGUUCACAUCUCCAUCAUGGAAGGCCUGGAGUCCCUCCGGGACAGUGCCCAUUCCACCCCCGUGCACACCUCUUCCCAUGGGGACACCUUCCUGCCGCACGUGAGGAGCAGCCGGGCAGACAGCAAUGAGCGAGUGGCUGUGAUCGCAGACGAGGCCUACAGCCCUGCAGACAGCGUGCUGCCCACCCCUGUGGCCGAGCACAGCCUGGAGCUGCUGCUGCUCUCCCGGCAGAUCAACGGGGCCACCUGCAGCAUUGAGGAAGAGGAGUCUGAGGCCAGCACCCCGACUGCUACAGAGGUGGAGGCCCUUGGGGGAGAGCUGAGGGCCCUGUGUCAUGGGCACAGCGGGCCAGAGGAGGAACAGGUGAAUAAGUUUGUUUUAAGUGUCCUCCGUUUGCUCCUUGUGACCAUGGGACUCCUCUUUGUUUUGCUCCUCCUCCUCAUCAUCCUUACCGAGUCUGACCUUGACAUUGCCUUUUUCCGAGAUAUCCGCCAGACCCCCGAGUUUGAACAAUUCCACUAUCAAUACUUUUGUCCCCUCAGGCGAUGGUUUGCCUGCAAAAUCCGCUCAAUGGUGAGCCUGCUCAUUGACACCUGAGAAGGCAUGACUCCUCCCAAUAACUAGCCAGGUGGACCAAGGACAGCCCGGCUACCCAUUCCCAGCAAAGGGACCCAUGGCAGAACCAUCGGCACAUGUACCAAGUCCUCCUCUCAUGACUCAAAGUCCACUGCAGCCUAGGAGGGUUGUUUCCCAGAAGAAGAAAGGGACAGGCUUGUGCCCUGUCUAAACAAACUGGGAAAAUUCAUUUUCUUCAGAGGUUCUUUCAAGAAAGGCUCAGCAGUUCUCUUUCUCAUCCUUCCAAUUUGCAGGAUAACUUUUGGUUUUGAAUUAUGAUUUUUCAUAGAUGUGUAUUAUUUUGAAAGUAUCAAAUAAAAAUAAUUUAUUUUACUAUUACCAAUUCUCGCAGUAGUGUCACCUAGCAAACAGAACAUUGGCUGAAGACUAGAGACAGCUGUCUUCUGUUUUCUGCAGGAGCUUUUCCUACUGGUGCUGCCGGGUUCCAGUAGUCUCGUUGCGGCAGCCUCAGUGGGACGGGUCAGGGGUCUGGACAAUGGGGACUGUUGAAGUUUUCUUGCCAGGCAGAACUUUUUAAAAAGUAAACAUCCAUGUAGAAUGAUUAAAUGGAAAGUUGUUUCUUAUGAUGGUCUGACUUGGAUCUUCUUUUCUUCUUGUUUUUCCAAAUCUGAGCAGAGUGGGCAUCUGAAGGGACCAGCUACAGCAGCGGUGGCAGAAGGGGUGGGGAAAGUCUGUCCCCUUAGACUAGAGCCUAGUGGGCACUGCCAUGAGUUUUGGAUAACGAACUUAAUCUUCCAUAGUUUUUUUUCUGAAGAACCUCAAGAUUUUUAUAGCACUUCAGUGGCGUUAAAUGACAGCAGCGGUGCCAAAGAUAGUACUGUCAGAAACGGUGGACAACCCGUAGUUCGCAGGAACUAGAGUUACCUGAGAGAUAUUUGGGAUUCAGAGAGCAGUACU